GCAAAUUGCAGCGAUUGCGGAAAUAAACAAGCGGGUAGUGAGAGGAGAGAGGGACUGCGAACCGAUUGCAACUUCGGCAAAGUCUCGUAGAAUCCAAAGCACACAAGGCAAAACCAGAGAGAAUCUGAGAACCAGCCAGCCCGGGUUGGAUCGCUUUCAAAAGAGGAGAGACAGUGAGAGAGGCAGAGAGCGCGCAUUGCAAUUGCAGAAGCCUCCUGAUUUGGAGAAAAAAAAAAAAAAAAUCUCCAAGAAGCCUGCAAUUGGCCAACAGCUUAAAAAAAAAUCUCUUCCGGGUUUUCAACGGUUCCAAGUUUAUUAAGAUAUCUUUUUAAUGCAAAAAAAAAAAAAAAGGGGGACAACAAAUGAAGCAAUUCGUCUGAACAUUUUAAAGUUUCUCACGUACUCUUUUUACAUUGCAAUGGAUGAAUUUCAUCCUUUCAUCGAAGCACUUCUGCCCCACGUCCGAGCCUUCGCCUACACAUGGUUCAACCUGCAGGCCCGAAAACGAAAAUACUUCAAGAAACAUGAAAAGCGUAUGUCAAAAGAAGAAGAGAGAGCCGUGAAGGAUGAGUUGCUAAGUGAAAAACCAGAGGUCAAGCAGAAGUGGGCGUCCCGACUUCUGGCCAAGUUGCGGAAAGACAUCCGACCCGAGUACCGAGAGGAUUUUGUUCUUACAGUUACAGGGAAAAAGCCGCCAUGUUGUGUUCUUUCCAACCCAGACCAGAAAGGCAAGAUGCGAAGAAUUGACUGCCUCCGCCAGGCAGACAAAGUCUGGAGGUUGGACCUGGUUAUGGUGAUUUUAUUUAAAGGUAUUCCGCUCGAAAGUACUGAUGGCGAGCGCCUUGUAAAGUCCCCGCAGUGCUCUAACCCAGGGCUCUGUGUCCAGCCCCAUCACAUAGGGGUUUCUGUUAAGGAACUCGAUUUAUAUUUGGCAUACUUUGUGCAUGCAGCAGAUUCAAGUCAAUCUGAAAGUCCCAGCCAGCCAAGUGACGCUGACAUUAAGGACCAGCCAGAAAAUGGACAUUUGGGCUUCCAGGACAGUUUUGUCACAUCAGGUGUUUUUAGUGUGACUGAGCUAGUAAGAGUGUCACAGACACCAAUAGCUGCAGGAACUGGCCCCAAUUUUUCUCUCUCAGAUUUAGAAAGUUCUUCAUACUACAGCAUGAGUCCGGGAGCAAUGAGGAGGUCUUUACCCAGCACAUCCUCUACCAGCUCCACAAAGCGCCUCAAGUCUGUGGAGGAUGAAAUGGACAGUCCUGGUGAAGAGCCAUUUUACACGGGCCAGGGCCGCUCCCCGGGGAGCGGAAGUCAGUCCAGCGGGUGGCACGAAGUGGAGCCAGGAAUGCCAUCUCCAACCACACUGAAGAAGUCGGAGAAGUCUGGUUUCAGCAGCCCCUCCCCUUCGCAGACCUCCUCCCUGGGAACGGCAUUCACACAGCAUCACCGACCUGUCAUUACAGGACCCAGAGCAAGCCCACACGCGACACCAUCGACUCUUCAUUUUCCGACAUCACCCAUCAUCCAGCAGCCUGGGCCUUAUUUCUCCCACCCGGCCAUCCGCUAUCACCCUCAGGAGACGCUGAAAGAGUUUGUCCAACUUGUCUGCCCUGAUGCUGGUCAGCAGGCUGGACAGGUGGGGUUCCUCAAUCCCAAUGGGAGUAGCCAAGGCAAAGUGCACAACCCAUUCCUUCCCACCCCAAUGUUGCCACCGCCGCCGCCACCACCGAUGGCCAGGCCUGUGCCUCUGCCGGUGCCAGACACAAAGCCUCCGACCACGUCAACAGAAGGAGGUGCAGCCUCCCCCACCUCACCAACCUACUCGACACCCAGCACCUCCCCCGCAAACCGAUUCGUCAGUGUUGGACCACGGGAUCCAAGCUUUGUAAAUAUCCCUCAACAGACACAGUCCUGGUACCUGGGAUAAAAGUCGCAGCGUCCCACCAUCCACCAGACAGACCACCUGACCCCUUCUCAACUCUGUAACAUGGACGCAUCCUCAACCCAGCGCGGUUACAACUUCACUGUCACUGGAAGGGGAGAAUCAAAUCAACUUGUACAUGGAAACAGCGAGCAUUAUGGUCCAACAGCAAAGGCCAUAACCUUUUGGGAUUUUUUUUUUUUUAAUACUUUAGGGACUGUUGUAAUUUUCUCAUAUGGUGCUGGAAAUGGUUGGGCUUUGUAACAUUUGAAGUGUUUCCGUGGUAGCGUGAGCAUUAGGCGAUGCGGCUGGAGGAGGUCUACCCUUGCUCACUGACUUCCGCUGUAACACACUUCCCUUACAGAGCCUGGCUGUUUCACAGUAUUUCAUGAAUUUACCCACACAGGUGUGAGCCUCCUUGAGCAGUCAGGGGGCCCAUGGAGAACUAAAUCUUUUGUAGUAGCUGAGAUCUGCAAUAUAUAACUUACGGGACAGUCAAAGGGCAAUGUUUUUCUGUAACAUAUUGGACAAAGAAAAUGCAGUUAAGUUCCUCUCUUAUUUUUUCUUUUAGUUUGGUUUGGUUCAGCAGUCAGCAGUUAAAUAUAUAACAUGGCCCGCAAGGACAGUGAAUCCACUCACGUUGCAGAACAAUUCCGAAAAUGACAAACUACUACUACUACUAUUCAGUUUUUUAAAAGUUUUGAAAUGCUGCACUUACAUUUAAAAAAAAAAAAAAAAAAAAAAACAUUUUUUCAACAAUUUCAACAAUGACACACAAAUUCACAUGGAAAUGGGGAAGAUGGUCUGUUUUGACAGAAACUGACAGGAAUCAAUCAAAACAAUCGAAUUUUGAAUUGAGUAAAGUGCAAUUUCAUUGGAUAGCUAAAUAUCUUUGUAAGAUAGAGAUUGUUGAAAAUUCUAUUUUUGUUUUUCAAGUCCUUCCACCCCAGGACUCUAAAUUAUUGGGGUAAAAAACAGCCUUGCAAGAAAAAGGGGAGCUAUUUUUGCUUUUUAUGUUUUUUAUUGUUAAACUUGUAUCCCUUUAAAAACUGAAGGAAAAUUUAAAAAAAAAAACAAAAAAAAACAAAUCUAAUGGUGCUUUUACCACAAUAUGUUAACUACAUUAAAUGCUAAUUAAUUAUUUUCUGUUAUCAAAGCACAUAAGUAAAAUGAAAUCAUGGUAUCUGUUAAUUUUAUAAGCUAGAAGUCACUAUAAUGGAUUAUGCCAAUUCUGAAAAUUUUUACAUGUAUCCAGCAACAUAGGAUUUAUCAGUUAUCAGACACGUCAUUGUACCAGAGAUUGUCCAGAAAUUUUAAAGACCUUUGGGCCCCUGAACUGGGCUAUGGGAAAAUAAUAUUAAUAAUAAUAAUGAAGCCAAUAUUGACACAAAUGCUGGUGCCCAUUCAGAUCAAGGGUACUUGUUAGGGAAAAAAAAAAAAGUUUGCACCCCCAAAAUAUCCUGUAUCUUAUGUAAAAAACAAACAAACAAACAAAAAAAAACAAAAAAAACACAGAAAACAAACAAAAAAAAAAUGACAAAAAAAGUGCAAGUGAUUUUUCUACCAGACAGCGAAGCACCCCUUUGCUUCCCAUGCAACUUCAAGAAGGUUUCCUAUACUAUACAUAUAUAUACGUUCUGGUCGGCAAGCCCUGCUGAUCAGAGAAAGUCUCUGCAUGUUCUAGUGUUAGUAACUAAUUUUUAUAUAGUUAAUGUAGGAUAAAGUAGAGUGCAUUAAGACACAAUAUUGUAAUCCCUACUCUAGGCACUUGCCUUUAAACUAUGUUUUUCAGCCCUUCAGAAGGGUUCUACUACUGUCCUAUACAAUCAAGUAACUGAAAUUCUUGGGAAGACACUUUGCUCCUCAUCUUUCCCCCCCGAAACAAUGUUGUUUUGUUUUGUUUUUUUUCCUUAAUUUGCACGAAAACAAAAAUUCCAUAUCAAUGUGCCUUGCCCUGGAUAGCGAUUAUUUGUGGAAUUGUUGCACAUGCUCCUCUAUUGAAAGGGGUUUUUCCCUAGUCAAGCAUUUGGAGACACUUUUUGUAAAUGUGACUUUUAUGUCAGCCAUCGUCAGUUUCAACAUCUAGAACUAAAUAGAGAGUUAGUUGUUCCGCAGAUAGGAGUAGUCUUUAUUGUCCUCUGUGGUCAGUGGCAGUGCUAUUCUGAGAUCUGUAGAUGCUUAGAAUAUCAGUAUUUUGGAUGUUGCUGCAUUUUACAAUUUAUUUGGAGUCUUCCUUUAUUUCCCCCUCCCACCCCCAGAUAUAUGAAAAUAUGCAAUACCUGCUUAUAUCGUGUAGAAAAGCUUAGCGAUGAUUAAUUUUUCUUUUAUUUUUUUUAUUUGACCAAAGUCGGUGCUGCACUUGACGCAGUGUGUUUUAGGUGUCUGUCUUCGUACCUUUUUUUUGUGAUUUUUGAAUGCACGUGCGCAGGAAGGGCUCCUCUUAGAGAAGCAGUCAAACUGUGAAGCACUAAGCUGACCCUGCUUCAAGCAAUUUUGUUUUUACAACUGUUCCUUUCACAAGCAAGCCUUAAAAAAAAAAAAAAAAA